AUGGAUCCGAACGACGACUUCGAUAAUGUCUCCUGGCGGCAUGAGCCAGAUAGCGACUUCUCUCGGCCUACAACAGCUGGUACUGACGCAGAGGAGCCACACGGACAGGAACAUGAUACCAAUGGCAAGCGGAGGAUGAGCUCAGCCCAUGAGGAAACCCAGGCUGGCCCGCUCGCUGAUGCCGUUGACCUUGCGGGUAUCGGAGACGGUGUGCUUGAGUGCCGAGUCGACACCCCUCUAAAAGAAAAUGAUGGUACCAAGGAUGCAUAUAUCUCUUAUCUCGUCUCAACAUCUACCGAUUUCAAGUCAUUUCAAAGAUCUGAAUUUAGUGUCCGGCGACGAUUUACAGAUUUUGUCUUUUUGUACAAGACACUCUUCCGCGAAUACGCAGCAUGCGCCGUCCCGCCACUGCCGGAUAAGCACAAGAUGGAGUACGUGCGGGGAGACCGCUUUGGAACCGAGUUUACAACGCGACGAGCAUGGUCACUACAUCGCUUUUUGAAACGACUGACACUGCACCCGGUGCUUCGGCGGGCACCUUUACUUGCUAUCUUCUUGGAGUCACCAGAUUGGAAUGCACACAUGCGAUUGCACUCGUCUCGCGGGUCAACGAGUACCUCGACGGAUAAUUCAGGAACGGGAAUGCUAGAAGGUUUGACCGACUCAUUCGUCAACGCGUUCAGCAAGGUGCAUAAGCCGGACCGCCGAUUUAUCGAAGUGCGCGAAAAGGCUGAUAAACUGGACGAGGACCUGACUCAUGUGGAGAAGACCGUAGCGCGGGUCGCACGGCGUGAAUCUGAUCUCGAGACGGACUAUACUGAGCUGGCGACACAGUUCCGCAAGCUGGUUCCUCUAGAGCCGGCGAUUGAGAUGCCACUGCAGGUGUUUGCGGCUUCAGUGGAGGAGACCUCGCGUGGAGUUCGCGAGCUGAAGGAUCAUACAGACCAAAAUUAUUUGGGCUCUCUACGUGAUAUGGAGGCGUAUAUCAUGUCGCUCAAAACGCUCUUGAAGACCCGCGACCAGAAACAGCUUGAUUUCGAAGCCCUGGUCGAGUACCGCAACAAGGCUGUGGCAUCCUUUAUCCGUUCUAAAAUGGAGGACAUUCGCGGCGUUGAUCAUGAACAGUCUCGCCGCGAGCGUGUCCGCAAGCUUGAAAUUCGCAUCGACGACUUGACCCGUGAAGUCGAGUCUGCGAAGACAACCUCUGAAAUGUUUGACGAGGAGGUUGUACGCGAGGUGGCAGAUUUCGAGCGUAUCAAGGCUGUUGAGUUCCGCGACUCGCUCGGCUCAUUCGCAGAAUCCCAUGUUGAUUUCUACCAGGGUGUUCUCUCUACCUGGGAGAGGUUCAUUGCGGAAAUGGAAGGAGACUCUGAGAAUGGUCUUGAUGAUGAAUCGGCUGCUCCUAGGGGGCGACAGGGGCAAUAG